UCAGUCCAACGAUACUACAGGCUCCGGGACGUGGCAGCCAAACACGCUACGUACCGUUCACGUAGCAGAAAGAUCUCAAAGGGUUUAACUGUAGAUACUUUGAAGAAUUUUAAGACUUGUCUCUGCAUCUUUAACAAAGAAAGCAGGAGCCAGUGUCAAAGAUGCAAAUUUUGGCUGUGACCGUUUGGACUACGUGCUGCAUUUGCUGUAUCGUAGAGGCAGAGAUCUUCACAUCAAUUGGCCAGAUGACAGACCUUAUUUUUAUAGAGAGAGAAGUGGUUCAGUCUCUAAAGGAAUACAUCCAAGCUGAGGAGUCCAAGCUUGCUGCUGUGAAACGCUGGGCUAACAAGCUGGAAGUGUUGACUCAUGCUUCUACCUCAGACCCAGAAGGUUUCUUGGCUCACCCAGUGAAUGCCUACAAGCUGAUGAAGAGACUCAAUACGGAAUGGUCAGAGCUGGAGAGCCUUGUGUUAAAUGACCCUUCACAUGGUUUCAUCUCAAACAUUUCAGUACACAGACAGUACUUCCCUGAUGAGGAAGAUGAGAAGGGGGCAGCGAAAGCUCUGAUGCGUCUUCAGGACACAUACAACUUGGACUCUGAGAGCUUUUCUAAAGGGAAACUGCCAGGUCAGGGGCAGAACUCUGGUGUGCGCUAUAAUGCCUUUCUGACGGUGGAUGACUGUUUUGACAUGGGGAAAACAGCCUACAAUGAACAGGACUACUACCAUGCGGUGCUGUGGAUGCAGCAGGCCCUCAGACAGAUGGAUGCUGGGGAGGAAGCCAAAGCUUCCAAGGCUGAUAUCCUGGACUACCUCAGCUACUCUGUUUAUCAGAUGGGUGACUUGCAGCGAGCCACUGAGCUUACCCGACGCCUGGUGUCCAUUGAUCCUAGCCACCAGAGGGCGGGAGGGAAUCUGCGCUACUUCGAGCGGCUGCUCGCCAAAGAGAUUAGAGAGAUGGUCCGCAACAAGCAGGAUCUUGCCAAAGAGAAGCCUAUUCAGCUGGGGACCUAUGAGCGCCCUAGGGACUACCUGCCUGAACGAGAGAUCUAUGAGGCCCUAUGUAGAGGAGAGGGUGUCAAAAUGACUCCAAAGAGAAGAAGCAAGCUGUUCUGCCGCUACCGAGAUGGGAACAGAAAUCCUCGCCUCCUGCUCAAACCCAUGAAGGAAGAGGAUGAGUGGGACAAUCCACACAUCGUCCGCUACCUGGAGGCCCUUUCUGAUGAAGAAAUUGAGAAAAUUAAGGAACUGGCUAAACCUAGGCUUGCAAGGGCCACUGUGCGAGAUCCAAAAACAGGCGUGCUGACGACAGCUCAUUACAGAGUAUCCAAAAGUGCAUGGUUGGAAGGAGAUGAGGACCCAGUCAUUGCACGUGUAAAUCAGAGAAUAGAAGAUGUCACUGGUCUAACAGUGGAUACAGCUGAACUUCUCCAGGUUGCUAACUAUGGGGUUGGAGGUCAAUAUGAGCCACAUUUUGAUUUCUCCAGGAAAGAUGAGCCUGAUGCUUUCAAAUCGUUAGGCACAGGAAAUCGUGUGGCUACUUAUUUAAAUUAUAUGAGUGAUGUUGAAGCUGGUGGCGCCACUGUGUUCCCAGAUUUUGGUGCUGCUAUUUGGCCGAGAAAGGGUACUGCAGUGUUCUGGUACAACCUCUUUAGAAGUGGCGAGGGAGACUACCGAACAAGACACGCAGCCUGCCCUGUUUUAGUGGGAAGUAAAUGGGUGUCAAAUAAAUGGAUCCAUGAGAGAGGUCAGGAAUUCAGGCGACCAUGUGGCCUCACAGAAGUGGAUUGAGUCUGCAUUUCAAGUCUUACGAUUCAAAUUCACAGCUCCACCUUCAGUGCCUGAAAUGUGAUGCAUCACAACUACACAAAGCACACACCACGUUCCAAUGCAGUGCUUCAAGCUGAGUCAGUCAGUGUGUUGAACAUUCAAAAUGUUUGAUGAUACAGAAUUAAUGGCCAUCACACAUACAAAGUGGAGUUUGUGUGGCAUUCCAGGUGCCUGGCCUUGAGGGAUUUCUUCUUUUUUUAACAAUUUACAGUUUUCUUUCCUUUUAUUGUUUUGUACAUUUCCUGUUUGUUAGCUACAUGAGAACAGAGUGCUUUGUUUCAUCAGUAAAGAUGCCUACUAGAGCUUUUAUCCCCUUCUGGAGAAUUGCACUGAGCAGGGAUGAGACAUUAUGUGCCAAGGUGUGAAAGAUGUUUGCUAGAUGUGUUCGGGGCCCACCUUUCAUUGGUUCUGAGUUGUGGCCUCAUGUCCAGUUAAGGAGACAUUGGCUAGAAUAGUCUGCUUUUGCUCACUUCUUUUCUGUUUCUUGUUUUUUUUUCUUUCUUUAUUUAUAAAAUAUGUAAAUUAUGCUGUUUCAUGAUGUUUGUUUUAAUUACAUGUACGAUUGCAGUAUAUUGUGCACAAUAAACAGUGUCCCUUUAAAA